UACUCAAAAAUAUAUAAGAGAAGUUCUGGAGCAUGACAGUGUAAGGGGAACUAUGGAUCAAGUCAGCAGCCAUCUUCAGAAGUACAAAGCGGAUUGCCAAAUUGAUCCACUAUCAACUAUGCCCACUGCUAGCCCAUCGUACUCUAGCGAUUCUUGGAUAAACUAUUCAACAUCUCAAGAUAGUGAGGGAAGUUCUGGAUUCAACACAAGGGCCCAGGGAACUAGAAAUCUCAACCAAAUAAGCCGGCUAAGUGGCAGUACAUCACCAGUUUGUUUGGGUGUUCCUGGAAAUGGGAGCAGCACAACAGGUUUUUGUGGAGCUUCUAAUAAGGGACCAACAUCUAGUACUAGUAAUGGCAACAGAAAUAGCAAUGCUAAUGGUUAUGGUUAUCGGUAUGGUAGUGGCAGCACUAAUAGUUAUUGUAACCUUAAUGAUAAUGGUUAUGGUUACAGUUAUGCUGAUGGUAAUGGUGGUCAUGGUGGAGUUCUAACAGAUGGGAUCAUGUCAAGUGCAUCAUUUCCGUCCAACCUAGCACAACCACUACAGCAGCCAAUUCCCACUUCCAAUUUAUUUCCAAGUAACACAGUGUGCGCCAUGGAUAACCCAAACCAUACAAGGCAACAAGAGCCUGUACCACAGUUAUAUCGACUCAGCUAUGACUGUAGAAAUGGAGGGAUAUCUAUGUCACCUUGGCCUCAGGAUGAUGGUGCUGACCUGCUCAGAAAGUACCAGGGUGAGAACGAGGUGAUGAGAAAUACGACAACAAUGGACAUGACCCAUGGAAUUCAGAAUGCUGCAACUAUGGACAUGACCCAUGGAAUUCAGAAUGCUGCAAUUUGGGAGACGACCCAGGAAAUGCUUGGAGAUGGUCCUGCUGGUCAGACCAGCGCAGUGCAGCCUCAAGGCCUCAGCGGUGAGUUUUUCAACUGGGACAACACUACUUUUGAAACAGCUCGCACAUCAGCUGGAGGAGUACUAACAGAUGAGACGCUAGAUUGGCUAACUCCGGAUGAAUUUGAAAACAUUAUGAACUCCAGUUGGUCUGAAAGCAUGGAGAAGCUCGUGGGAGCAAACUCAAAGUAGAGGAAACCAUACAUGGAACAAAGAAUGCAUGAUAUAUGUCCAUUUUCCUCUGAUGAAUGUUCAAGAAAGCUUUGGUGCUAGAAUUUGAUUUGUUUGUCUUGGAAACUUUUUUUGUAAUUUGGAUUGAGAUAAACUGAUAAU